UCUGUGAGAGCACUGAUGCCAGCAUGACUUCUCUUUACAUUCCUCAUCUAAUUCUCGCUGGACUCAUGGGAAUUCACUGUCGAAUCACCACAGUGAGUGAUGUGCCAGUGAAGGCUGGAGAGUCCGUCUCUAUCCCUUGUCUCUAUGAGGCACAAUACAGAGACGAUGUGAAAUACUUGUGUAAAGGAUAUAGAUGGGCUUUCUGCAAAACUGUUAUUAGAACAGACCAAGAACCUUGCUCGGGAAGGUUUUGCAUCUCUGAUGACAAAGAGCAAAGAAUCUUCACUGUGACUAUUAAGAAUAUUACGGAUGAAGACAGUUAUUUUUGGUGUGCUGUGGAAAUUUCAGGUCCUGAUGUUAAAAAAUAUUUUCAACUGUCACUUACCACAGGCACACCAAGUCUGUUUGUGAGCCAAAAAGAAAUUGCAGGACCUCAAGGAGGAAGUGUGACUGUUCUAUGCCACUAUAAUUAUCCAAAGGUACCACAGUGGUGCAGACUGGGCAGCAGCUGUGCAACAGAUGAAAUUGGAUCAAUAGAUGGAACCACUGUGAAAAUCAAUGCAAGUGUCCCUGAUGUUUUGAAUGUGUCUAUGAUUGAGCUGAGGACUGAGAGCAGUGGCUGGUAUUGGUGUGCCGAAGGAGGCUUCCAGAUGCCAGUGCAUGUAACUGUUCAUGAAUUAUCCUCAACGACUACAACUUCAUCGAGGCCCAUUUCAACAGGGACACCGUCAUUCACUCGCCAGACGUCCUUCUCGCUCACAGGUAGUGAAACACAUACAGCCCAACCCGCAACCUCCACCAGAAACGGAACAGGAAGUGGGAGUCCAAAAGAUGAACGGAAGAGUUUCACAAUGAUAAUAGUUCUCACAACCGCCCUGGUCUCGCUGGUGUUGGUUGUUUCUGCCGCUUGUUUCAAAUGGAGGAUGAUCGUGCGUAAGAAAAGCAAACCUGAAGUGUCUGACAUCAGUGUGGUCUCACAAAAUCCUGAUACUGAUGUAUCCUACGCUACCAUUGUUCGCAAUGAGCAUGCAGGAGCCGAGACCAAGGACUGCAUUCCCACGGAGAGUGUGACCUACAGCACCGUUGUACGAACAAGCAACAUGCAGCAAAUGACUGAACCAGCCGAUAGAAGUGUCAUCUACAGCACAAUACAGUAUCAUGAGCCCCAAUGAGCAAAACGGGACGAGAGGACAUUAACUCAGGAAGUUACAAUGCUGAUGAAGCCAUUCUGAUGUGCAUAUAGUAGCAUAGUAGUAGUAUAGUAGUGUCUUACAUCAGUCAGUCAAAUCAACAGUAUGUAUUGGACACAUAGUUGAAAAACAGCUGAUGCCAUUGCUGACUGAAACGAAAACUGUGUGACAGGCAUGUUUAUUUUUCAUUUUACACGAAUGUAACGCUGGUAUCAGUAAAGUUUUAACACCGUACUGUGCACCAUACUCACAAGUACAUUAGCUGCUCAAAAAGGUGUGAAGGUUUAAUCUCUCUACUCGUUGCUCAGAAUACAGAAAUCACGUGUUGCACUUAUGAGACGGAUAUUUUUUGCUAUCCCGCUCAUAUGGUGUUAAAACAAACCGUGUAGCUUUGACUAAAAAUAAUGUGACAGAUAAAGACACUGAUUAUUACCAGUGUGUUGUAGAAAAAAAAAAGGAAGGUCA